AUGUGGCUUCUCCUCACCUUCUCUUUCCUGCUGAUGUCUGCAGCAGCCCGGGACGACAGGAUGCUGGGAGGUGAGGAGUGUGAGCCCCACUCCCAGCCGUGGCAAGUGGCCUUAUUUGAGCGUGGGCGCUUCAACUGCGGUGCUUCCCUCAUUUCUGCUCACUGGGUGCUGUCUGCGGCCCACUGCCAAACCCGCUUCCUGAGAGUGCGCCUGGGCGAGCACAAUCUGCGCAAGCGCGAUGGCCCCGAGCAGCUGCGGACUGUGGCUCGCAUCCUCCCGCACCCGCGCUACGAAGCAAGCAGCCAUCGCCACGACGUCAUGCUGCUACGUCUAACCCGGCCCGCGCGCCUCUCCCCGCAAGUGCGCCCUGUGGCGCUGCCCACGCGUUGCCCCCAACCGGGCGAGGCCUGCGUGGUGUCCGGCUGGGGCCUGGUGUCUGAUGACAAGCCUGGGACCAAAGGGAGCACAGAGUCACAAGUGAGUCUCCCGGAUACGCUGCAUUGUGCCAACAUCAGUGUUAUCCCGGCCACAUCUUGUAAGAAGGACUACCCAGGGCGCCUGAUGGCCUCUAUGGUGUGUGCAGGAGUAGAGGGCGGAGGCACGGACUCCUGUGAGGGUGACUCCGGGGGACCCCUGGUCUGUGGGGGAGUCCUGCAGGGCAUUGUGUCCUGGGGUGAUGUCCCCUGUGACACUACGACCAAGCCUGGAGUCUAUACCAAAGUCUGCAGCUACUUGGAGUGGAUUAAGGAAACCAUGAAGAAGAACUGA